AUGGCCAGCUCUGCCCAGGCCUCCCCGCUAAGUCCCGUAGCCCCCACCCAGGAAGGGCGGCUCUGUGACCUCCUGGGCAGCAUGGAGGGCCCUUCAGGAACAGGCAGACAGCAGAGAAGACAGGGAACCAGUGGGAGAAGGACCUUCUCCCGAGUCCCACCCCAGCCUCUCUUCCCUCUGGAUGUUAGAGUCAGAGGCCCAGUCACCAUCACCACUCACCCUGAGCCAACUGCUUUGGCCCCAGACCCUGGGCAGAAGGGGCCUGCAGGCUGCCUGUGCAUCUGUGUCUCAUGUGUGAGGGGUGGGCAGGGGGAGAUGGUUCCCAAAGAUACACAGCUGCCAGACCACCUUCCCCAUGUCAGCACCCCCCGAAGCGAGGCCCUCGAGUCACUGCUCGGGGUUGGGGUGUCAACCUGGCACCUCCACUCCCCUCUAAAGCUCAGAACUGCCCUUCCCAGAAGAUGCUUCCCUGCCGGGUCUGAAUGGUAA